GUAACCAUGGAACGUUAGCGAUCAACUGAAGUCAACACAAUAUUCAUCCGUACACCGCUAAGCAUCAAUUCUAACAUUCAAACCAGGAUUCCUGGUUCACCCUUGACAUCUUGCAAACGCUUGACUUCUGUUCCGCUUGGGAAGGCGCCGGAGAACGUUUACAUAUUCCUGCCCAUUGGAUUACAUGUUGCCUUAAGGCACUUUUGUUCAAGUGCCCAAAUGCUUGCCACGCCUGGCCCAUAUAUCGCCUUGGGGUCAAGAGGGCUUUAAUAGGUUUUCUUACAUUUUCCGGCUUGCACCUUGGGUGUUGAGCCGGGAUCCGGAGCUGAGAGGUGCCGGGGUCCGGCGGCCGGGCCCUGGAGGCUCCUGAGUUCCCUGUUGACGGGAAGGGCGCCUGUCUCUCCCUCUGCUGGGGGUGUUACCCUGUGUACCCAGUGUGUGGGUGGCAAGUACCUGCCCUGCUGGGGGUAUUAGGGUGUUGCCAGGUGGGCAGCGCCACUUGAUGGUUUUAUUUUGCCGUCUGGUCAUGUUUUGCUUUUCUGGGUAGCUUCCUGUUUUGUUGUCAUACCAGGAAUCCUUUGGACAGGUCGCAUAAGUCUACUUAAGCUGUCACCCUUAAGUCCACAACAACAACAUCGGCACUCUGGCCUUCCCACAAGGAGAAGAAAAACCAAGCAAACUGCACCUAUCAUAAAAAAGUGAUAAUGGGGAUCCUUAUUGAUAGUGCUAUUAUGAUAGGAUCUAUGCUGAUAUUUUUCAUAGGAGGAUGGGUGUGGUUUGUCAAGAAGAUCUUUCGUGAUUAUGAAGUCCACAACACCCUUGUUCAGUUGUUCUUCCCAAUGAUCUUCAUGCUUUCAUGUGCUAUGUUUGAACUUAUUAUCUUUGAGAUUGCUGCUGUUUUGGAAUCAGGGUCCCGCUAUCUCUACUGGCAGGUUGUUCUUUACUCAAUGCUCAUCAUGCUUAUAUUGGUCAUACCGUUUUAUCUCUGCCAUUUUGUGGUUUCAAACAUUAGAAUAGUUCGUCGAGAAUGGGUGAACGUUUUGUCAGUGCUAACGUGGGGUGUAUUUAUGGUUUGCUUCUGGAAAAUUGGAGACCCUUUUCCGAUCCUUAGCACUCAGCAUGGAAUACUGUCAAUAGAGCAAAGCAUCAGUCGAAUUGGGGUCAUUGGUGUGACUGUAAUGGCAUCGUUAUCUGGAUUUGGUGCUGUAAACUACCCUUACACCUCUAUGAACAUCUUCAUGCGUCCAGUUACUAAACAUGAUAUUCAAGCUCAGGAACGACGUUUGCUUCAAACCAUUGAUGUCAUUGUAAAUAAAAAGAAGAGAAUAGCUUUAGCAGAAAAGGAAAGAAUCACCUCUAAGGUUGGGGAUGAAGGUGGCCCCCACUCCAGAAUUUGGGGUUUACUACGGAGUGUCACAGCUAGCAGUCCACAAGGAGAAAGCCUGUCAACUCUGAAACAAGAGGUUGCAGCUUUAGAGGAACUAUCAAGACAGCUAUUCUUGGAGACGGUGGAACUGCAAAAUCAGAGGGAAAGACUUGAAUGGGCAAGAACAUUUCAGGGACGAUUCUUCAACUUUAUGGGCUAUUUCUUUUCUCUGUACUGCUCAUGGAAAAUCUUUAUAUCACUGGUGAACAUUGUGUUUGACCGAGUGGGCAGAAAAGAUCCAGUUACUAAAGGGAUGGAGAUUGCUGUUCACUGGUUGGGUUUUGACAUUGAUGUGCAGUUCUGGUCCCAACAUAUUUCAUUUUUCCUUGUGGGCUGCAUUAUUCUCACAUCAAUUCGAGGAUUCAUAUUGACACUAACUAGGUUCUUCUAUGCAGUGUCUAGCAGCAAAUCUUCGAACAUCAUUGUAUUAGUUCUGGCACAGCUGAUGGGAAUGUACUUCGUAUCCAUGGUGAUGCUAAUGAGAAUGAACAUGCCCCUUGAAUAUCGGACAAUUAUUACACAGGUCUUGGGAGAUCUGCAGUUCCAUUUCUACCAUCGAUGGUUUGAUGUUAUUUUUCUAGUAUCUGCACUCACUACCAUGGGUAUUCUUUAUCUGGCACACAAACAAGUCAAUACCACCGAUAAGACGGAAAGUUUCUACGAGCCAAAGUGGUGACGCAGAUCAUUGUUUACUUUGUGACUAUUUACAUUUUUAUGAAAUGAACUUGUUUAGCAGAAAAUUCUGUGUACUGUUGUGAUAAAACUAAACUGAAAUUUAGGGGUAGCUUUUUUUGAAAUGAGAUUAGAAAUAAUUUAGCAGUUAUAUAUUAUAUCUAUUCCUAAACUGCUGAAUACUAUAUGCUCAAUUCAUAUAUUAUAGUAAACUUCCAAUUUGUA